AUGGGGUUGAAUUCAAGGGAUAUUCAACUUCGCUUGUCCAGAGUGCUUCAUGUUUCAGCUGAGAUUGGCUACAGUUUCAUGAGAAAGCAUCCAUUGGUUUCGGGUGCUUUGUUGGUGUUCUUCCUGUUGUAUAUAUUUCUCUCUUACAUUUACAACCUGCUGGUUUUCUUGUCCCCAUUUUUUGUGUGCAUCGCCAUUUUUGUUAGAAUAUUUUGGAGUUCUGAGCAAAACCAACUUGAAGAAGAUGUUAAAAAGGCAAAGGAGAAAAGGGUUGAAAUAAAAUCUCCGCCAAAAGUGAUGAAGAAUGAGAGACGUGGAAUGCUGUAUAAGUGUCCAUCACAUAAUGCAACAAGUAGAAGAAGAAAUUUCACUGGGAAGAGAUUGGAGGUGUAUGGUGGUUUGGAAAUAAGAGCCAAGGAUUUAUCAUCAGUAUUUCGUAAUGAAUUCACUAUCUCUAACAGAGAUUUUAGCAGAAAGUUUAAACUUUAUGAUGAAGACACAGGUUUUGAUUUCUCGGAGGCUCCAGAAAAGCAAACACUAUUGUCUGAACCUUUUAUGCUGGACCCGGUGAUUCAUGGUGAUCAUGGCCAACAGAAAAACACAGAAAAUAAAGUGGAUGUGGAAAAAACUCGAUUAGAAGAUGGCAACAAAAGUGUAGAACCGAAAGAGGAUGAUCAGAAGAAUGCAAUGGAUCUUGGGACGUGUGCGUUUGAGAGACACAAAAGGCUAGAGAGUCUAAUGGCAAGGAGAAAAGCAAGAAAACAAUCCAAGUUGCAGAUAUCAAAUGGUGUGAUUGACAUGAAAUCCAUGUCCUCAAAUCAAAUUGCUCCUUUGUUUAUCACAAGACUCAACCAUUUCGAUUCUCCGAAAGAAUUUGAGGGCAUACAAAUGCCUGGUUCUGCCCCAUCUGCUUUGAGAAGCCCAUUUGAUAUUCCAUAUGAUCCUUUGGAGGAGAAACCCAAUCUCACAGGGGACGGUUUUGAUCAAGAACUGAAGAAUUUGUUAACAGAACCAAGACAACAAGAAGACCUUGAAGCCAAAGAGCACACAAUGUCAACAGAACCACACCCAAUAGACGAAAGGCUUCAAGGUACUGGAGAUAAUGAUCCACUCGAACAAUUAUCAUCCGAAGAAGCCAGUGAAUGUGAGUCCAAAGCUUUUGUUCCUUUAAGUGAAGAAGGAAAGGAAACAGCAUGUGAAGAGAAUGGAAAAUGUGAAACUGAGAAAACUGUUGACAGCAAUGGUAAAGAGGUGGAAAAUGCUGAAACAACAAACUCCAAUUCAGAGCGUGCAAAUGAGUCAGACAUGAUUCCAACAAUAGAUGAUAAUAGAGCUCAACUUUUAGAGAAGGUAGAAGAACCAACAGUUGCUAAGCCUGAAGUGGGUGACAACAAUUUACCAUUAACAAGUGCUAGUGCUACUGAAAUAAAUGACUCUUUGUAUGAAUCUCUUCCACCAUCUGUUGAAAAGAACAAGCCAACAUGUUUCAGUGGUGGCCCAAUCCGUCACACCCAUUCAUGUUCUUUGGCUUCUGACUUACAAGUGGAGGUUUCUGAAAUCGGUUCACCUACACUGACGGUUGAUGAGAACAACGACACCACCACAACCACUGACGGAGAAUCGAUUAUUUAUGAUGGGGACAUUGACAAGGAUGUUACUUCUGGCAGUGAAGACAUGUGGGGAGCCUCACUCCAUUCAAGAGAAGUUCGUAGAGUAAGUGAGCAAGAUAUUUCGGAAUUAAACAGCUGGAGGGACAUUUCUUCACCUCUUUCUUUGCAAAACAUAGAUGAAGAAAAUGCAGCAGAUGUAAGCUCCAUAUCUUCUGACAUACCUGAUGACACUCCAACUUUUUCAAUGACCCAUGACCAUAAUAACAUCUUUGGUGUGAAAGACUUUGUCAUGGAACCUUCUCAUUCUUCAGUUGUGGCAGCACGUUGGAAGCGGUUGAUGCGAUUGAUGGAUAAUCGUGCUAACCAUUCAUCACAAGAAAAACCAAGGGAAGUGUUCAACAUCUCAGAGAAUUCAAGUAAGGCACAAGUGACGAAUGAUGGGAAUAACUCGACAACCUCUGAGCAAGAUAACACGCAUAACUCACAAGGUAAUGAAGCGUUAAAUUCAGACGUUCAACAAGAAAUAACUGAUGAAGUCUCCAUGAACUCUAAUUCAUCAUCUUCAUCUUCAUCUUCAUCUUCAGGGGCAGAACCAUAG